AUGGCUUCUAAAAUGUACAAAAAGAAUUAUAUUAGUACCGCUACUACCACUACUACUACUACUACUACUACUACUACUACUACUACUACUACUACUACUAAUAAUAAUAAUAAUAAUAAUAAUAAUAAUAAUAAUAAUAAUAAUAAUAAUAAUAGUGAAAUAAUGUGCAAUGCUACAAAGAAAAAUGACAGAUUCUUUUCACCUUGA